AUGAUUAAAAUUAGCGAGAAAUUAAAGAAACAGUUCCUAACCUUUGAGGAGGGGAAAGACCUCGUCACGAGCACCCUCAAAACAGGAAGAGGACUUGAAAUCUUGAACAAGACAAUAAGCGAAAAAAAUUUGCUACGAAAUGCAUUUCGUAAAAUAAAAAUUAUUAACAAAAUAGAAGAUGAAAAAAAACGAAGCGUCUGCAAAGGGAUAUGUAUCAUACAAAGGGAAAAUAAAUCCCCCAUUGCAAAAGCGCUUAACGAAUUUUAUCGAGAGAUUAAAACGAAUGCACAUUUUAAGCGUAAUAAAGUGAGAGUUAAAUUUUUUAUAGCCUUUAAAAAGAUAUAUGGGCUUUUCAAAAUUGAGACAGCGUGCAAAAUGUACGUGCGGAAAUUAUUAAAGGGAUUUUUGGUCAAACGAUGUAUUGAUUGUCCUAGUAGGAGCAAAAGGGAAGGAAAUAAAUUAUUGUCCUGCGUAGGAGGAGACCACUUCCUGCAAUAUAUUACCAGUUGUGACACCUCCAAGGCUUAUACAUACAUUAAACAUACGCACGACAUUCUUAAGAAAAAAAUUCCCUUCAAAUGCACACAUGGUAAGAACGACCUAGGUGCUAUUUCGCCAAGGCAUAUUCACAUUGUAGAAGAUAAGGCCGUCACAAAGGACUCUCCUUCAAAUGUCUACACCCUUAUCCCCCUGACACCGUACUAUUACCAAAAUUUACCCUCCAUAAAGCUGUCUCGUGAUUGA